CCGAUCGCGAUCACUGGAAUGCGCGUCGUGUCGUUUGGCCACUUCCGAUAUCCACGAAGGUUCGGGAAAGGGCUUUCGAAGAUCCGCGGCUUAACCUCGGGACUGUUUAACAACCUGCCGUCCCACUUCUCCGAUGCUGGAUCGUUCGCUUCUUGGAAAGCAAACGUCAACGUCAGCCGAGCUUGUAUCAUGAUACCGGUCGAGCCGGUUUCUCGGCGAUACAUUGACUGCCGGAGCCAACGGAAGCUCGAAAGCUUUUGUCGAAACCCAGGAUAUAUUAUAGAAGGCCAAGUAUAAGAAACGGAAGGUAUAGAAAGGCACUCGAUUAAUAAGAUUCAAAUAUAUAACACGAGGGAAGGUUCCCAACAAAGAAGAAACAUUAAGAAGCAAUCGCUGGACAGAGAUGAAUGAUUAGUUUCCAUAUUAUUGGGAUAAAUUAUAUAAAGAUUGCCUUAGUGCUUAUGCUGAAAUCAAAGGAAUUCUUCAGCGACAAGGAUACGAAUGAUUUAUGGAGCCUGUAUCGACAACGGUCACUGUGGAAAAUGCUCGGAACAAAGUUGUAGCAUUGAUUAUAUACGUUCAGUUUCCUAUUUGCAUAGAAGGUGUAAUAGUGCAAUGAUAUAUUUCUACUAACGAUAGCAUUAUUAUAUUUUGAAUCUUGCGUAAUAAAGGGACCAUUAGUUGGAACAAGCGGUAGAAGAGAAGAGGCAGGUGAAACCUCGAAGAAAAAACACAUGUUAAAGGAUUCUGCCGAGCUCUAUCUUAAAUGCAAUUAUUUAAACCAGAAAGUCACGAUCUUUUAUAGACUUUUUGACUCCAAUUGGACAUUGUGUACGAUUAAUUUGAUGUAUGCACCACGAAGGUGCAUCUUUUAACGGUUCCUUAUCCUUCUACUUCAAUGAUGUAUCAAACUGUGUUCUCACCCCACAUGCUAAUGCAGGUAAUGGAUGGUCAGCAAAUAAAUGGCCAGUGUCUGCAACUACAAAACCAUUCCAUACAUAUGAACGGAGCAAACCCUUUGUAUCAGAAUGAGUACAUACACUGUACCCUUGAUGGCAGUCUUGGUCCUAACAGACAUCGAACGAUGCAGAUGGCAUCUUAUCCCCUUGAGCUGUUACAAGCGAUGGGAGUUGAGAUUCCACCGUUGAGGCACACAGGGUACAAUAUGCAGAAUGGUAUCAUCUCCGAUGGAGGCUGGCAGCGAAGAGGUAGUCCACUGAAUAAUAAUCCAUCCAUGCCCCCUCCACGUCUCAACUUUAGACAAGUUAAUCCUGGACCAAUAAAAAAGCCACACUGGAACUCUAAAUCAUCCAAACGGAGUUCUCAUCGAGACUCAGUUUCAGAAAGUGAAACAUGUGGUAAUGACAGCAGACCCAGUUCGUGCUCAUCAACACCUACUAAACAUACCGACGGCAGUCAAUCCGAAAACUCAGAUGACAGAGACUCGGUUACCUCUUUGGCCGAACAAACGAUCAAAAGAUUACCCGAUGUUCGACCUCUAUCCAACUGUCUAAAUAAUAGCGCCGUUCAAGGAGGGUUAAUCUCAAAUACUUUGGCACCUCAAUUUUAUCAAAAUCAACGACCUGUCAAUUAUUACCAUAGUUCCGUUCCAACUCCUAGAUCACAGCCUCAGACUUAUCAGAACAAGAAAAGGUAUCAUUGUGGAAGAACAAGUCCUCCGAUGCAACGAAUCCAACGUGGUAAAAAAUACAGUGGCGUUGUAUUACCAACGAGCAAUGUUUUCACCAGGUUCUACAUAGCCCCUGAUCGAUUUCUGGCUAGAUCUCAUCUCAUCGAAGUAACGAAAAUACCUGAGAACUUGAUUACAGGCUCGAUUUGGGACGACUUGUCAAAAAGCAUUUGGCAGAAAUUCAUGGCAAGUCAACAAACCGAGACUACUUAUAGGAAUAAAAUGAUGCUCUGGAAACAUCUGUAUAUUUAUAUUAAGUCUAAUUUCCCCAAGUAUGGACUGUUUCUGGUCGGCUCAACGAUGAACGGUUUCGGGUCUGACAACAGCGACGUCGACAUGUGCCUGUUGGUGCGGCAAGCAGAGAUGGAUCAACGAAACGAAGCUGUGAUUCAUUUGGAUCAAGUGCUCAAGUGUCUAAAAAGUUGCGAGUACGUAGAUCAGCUCGAACUCAUCCAAGCUAAGGUGCCGAUUCUGAAGUUCCGGGAUUCCAUUCAAAAUCUGGAGGUCGACCUCAACUGCAACAACGCCGUCGGGAUCCGGAACACGCAUUUGUUGUACUGCUACUCGCAAAUCGACUGGAGAGUGCGCCCUCUGGUCCUGAUAGUGAAGCUCUGGGCUCAGAGCCAGGACAUCAACGACGCCAAGAACAUGACGAUCUCUAGCUACUCGUUGGUGCUGAUGGUCAUACAUUUCCUGCAGUGUGGCGUCAAUCCUCCGGUCCUGCCUUGCCUGCAUUCCCUUUUCGUGGGCAAAUUCGGUCCCCACACGGACAUCCACUCCAUCGACAUCCACGAAGACCUCGACGUCUCGGCCAUAGCGCCGUUCCUGGUAAACCGCCAGCCCCUCGGCGAACUGCUGGUCGACUUCUUCAAGUACUACGUGAAUUUCGAUUUCAGUCGGUACGCCAUUUCGGUGAGGGUGGCGAACAAGGUGCUCAUCGAGGACUGCCGGAAAGCCCGCUCCUACAAGAACGAUCCCCACCAGUGGAAGUACCUCUGCGUGGAAGAACCAUUUGACCUAACGAACACAGCACGCUCGGUGUACCACCCGGACGUCUUCGUGAGGAUCAAGGAGGUGUUCGUCAGGACGUACCACAGGCUGAGGGGAAUCCGCGACCUGGACGGCAUUUUCGACAAGGUCGAAACGUCGAGGCCCGCCGGCGUGCAGCCGCAACUCUAGCGACUCCUCGGUGGACACGGUUGUGUUAAUUAGCGAUAGGAUUAUUUAUUAUUAACCUCGCGGGGAUAUUAUUCCGCGUCUCCUGGGCGAGGCGAUCGAACGGCUCGCUCCAGAAGUGGGUUUCGGUUAGAGCGAGCGAUACGGUUUAUAUGCAGUUGCUCGAACCGAGACCCAACAAUCAUUGAUAUCGUUGCGAUUCCGAGGAGGUGGUUAUCUGUGAUAACGAGAUGAUCUCGACGGGUGGUUUAUCUCCGAAUCGAGUACCCUAUCCCUGGAAACGCGUUUACGCACAAGGAGAUUCGAUGUAUACGCCGGAUUUCCGGGGAGCACGGUGCGAUUUGGCAAUUGCACGAGGGCGGCUCUUUUUACGGAUAGAAGGGGAAAAACUGCACUCCCUGUGGUGUCCAGAGUGCAUCUCAGGAGAUAUCCGUACGAUCCUAUGUUCGGAAUUACCUUGGAUCUCGCGGGAGACAAAUGGCAACGGUCGAGCCUCGGGCUUUAAAUGCUUUUUUCUCCUUUUUGAGCGACUUCACGGCUUGGUCCAAAGUAUUUCCCCGUGGAGAACGACGGUGUUUGGCGGCAGUCGAGCCGAGACUUUCGUUUCGCGACUUUGGAUCCAACGGAUGUAGAAUGUAUUUUUUUUCUUUCCUUCGGAGCUUUCGGGUAUCCCCGAUGCCCUGGGAAUCCUUCUCCCCUUCGUGGGCGCGUUUAUACUGCCAGAAGUUAAUCCUAUUUUCUUUUUUUUUUAACGACAUUACAAGAGCAUUCUCGAGUUCCUCGUACGAUUAUUCACAGGGAUAGGGCAUCUAGGAGAGCAAUCUCGUGGAAAAAAGUGAUAUAGCGUGAUACAACGUAAACAUAACGUGAUAUACAACGACCAACUAGUAGAGCUGUGGAGAGUCGAUAAUUAUUGUAAUACGUUAAUCCUGACCAUGGGAGGUCGAAAAUUCUUAAGGACAUGCAACUCGUCGAUAACUUGAUAUCAUUGGAAAGUUACAGUCGGCCCGAUCGUCGAUAAUAAGUGCCCGGGAACCGUUCUCUUUGAUCUCGCAACUGAAAAGGGAACGCGCGAUCGGCUGUAAAUUUCGGAGCACCUGAAUCUAUCGAAACCGCGAUAUCGCUUUAUAUGGGGAGAAAAAAAAAAGAGAAGAAAAAUGGAGAAAAAAACGUUACUUCCGACUCGAUAAAUUAAUUCAGCCCUCGAGAAGUCCUCUCGAAGGGCGCACAUUCUAAGCCUCGUUAAUUAUAGGUUACUUAUCGAUUAAAUAAGCGAACUGCCCCGAAGCGGUCAGCAUAAUGAGAAAGAAAAAAAUCACGAAAAAAAAUUUAAGAAAUCGUCUAAAUGUCCAGAAAAAAAUAUAGUGACGAGACUUUUACGGGUCACCGUGGAGGUCGGUUUUGAGACUAAAUUAGUGCGAAGCUAAAGAAAUAAAAAGAGAAGCUAUAUAUGUGUAUAAAUUUCCAUACGUAAAGGCGUGCAGAAUCAAUCUUAGCUAUUCUUUAUUGUCAAUUCACCGGGAGUAAAGUCCGACCUAGCAUUUUUGUAUGUCUCUUGUUAAUUUAAAUCGAAAGUAGUAACUCCUCGCUCCGAUUCUGCACGAAGGAGUUGUUCAUAUUUUCUCACGUAAAAGCUAAAAAAAAAGGAUAUAUGUAAAAAAAGAAAAAGAACAAAAAGAUAUCGGUCAUUUGUGCGGCGUUACCGUUAAUGCACAACCACUGUUACUUAUUUCGCCUCCUGCUAUUACAUUAUUAUUGUUAAUUGUUAUUGUUGAUGUAUCGGAAGUCCCGGAGAAACGACGCGAGAUGGACUAUAUAUUUAAACUCGUCGCGGGGAGAAUAAGAACGAAGAAGAAAAAAAAAGGCAAAGUGCAUUAUCGAUCGUUAAGGAGAUUGUAUUCGAUUUCUUUUCUUUUUCUCUUCGGUGAGGUAUCUUCUUCCAAGAUUCCCGGAAUAUGUUAAUGCACACAAUGGCAAUGCUCGGUUAGCGUCGUACAAGAUUAAUAACGAUCCACGCGAAAAGAGACGAGAGAGAAUACUUUCUACGAAUCCACGUUACUUUACCUGAUUAUCUUAAAUUAUCUUAUCGACAUGAUAUUCAUUCCAACACUUGAUUCGGUCAUUAAUUAAUCGCACCUGUAAUUUCCGUUGACACAUUUCCUUCCACGAUUAACGAAUCGCAGUUUACUUUCCCGUGUAAUUUAAAUUUCACACAGUUUCAAAAUCUCUAGAAACGUUCGAGCGUAAUGUCCGUUCCUUCGGUGUCGCCUAAUUUACAUAUUUCGUAUCAAAUUCCGAUUCAUCCCCGGAUCGUUAUUAAUCUCCAUAUCUUAUUAAAUGAAAGUCACCCUAGGAUUAACUAAUUCUCGCGCAAUCGACGAAUUCUUUGGGAUUCGUCGUGAAAUCGCAAACGGGACGAGAUACAACUCUGUAUAAACGGCGUAACAAAUGAAUUUCUAUCCCUCGCUAGUAACGCCAUCGUGACGGCGAAAUUUCCUGCAAAAAGAAACAAAAAAAAAGUGCCAGAGGCUAGAAGAUCAAUUCCGACCAAAGUGUCGAGCAAUUAAUUCGCGGGGGAAGGCUUUUCCUAUCCCUCGUUAUUCUCCUCUACGCUAAUCGAGCCGAGUAUUCGCCAUAUCUUUUUAGACACUAAGGACUACCUGUAUCUUCCUUUUGUACUUUUCAUUUUCUUGUUGAAUAAACGCAACGUUUCUAGA